CCAUCAGCCUAAUCUUACUUAUCAAUAAGAAAUGUUUAAGUUCAUUCUGAUUAGCUGGACAAACGCAAACAAUGAAAAACUGAUGAAAUAACAAAAGUUUCGUUAAUGGCAAGUGCUAUCAGCGCUAUCAAAUAAACCAUUGAUUAGAAAAUGCAUAACUAGGGAACCCAGUCGUGCGCCGAAUACCAGUUUGCCGUCGAUCGGCCAGCAGAACGGACGCGAGUCGCGAGUUAGAAACUCUUACUAUAAAAAUAAAAGGAUACUAAAACUUAAGAUGGGUUUAAGGAACUCCAAGCCAAAGCAGAGCUAUGAGUUCAAAGCUGCGGAGCCAGCUCCAAAGGCGCAGCUGAACUCUGACCCCCCAGCUCCGGUCACCAAGUCGCAGCCAGAGAUCGAUCGCAGCCAUCUGGCGCCCAAGUGGCUGAAUCAAACGCAAUUCGAGGAACUACUAGCCGAGAAUGUAGCUGAAUUCUCCAAAAUUGUGGGUUUCCGGGUGAAACCCGCCAUGGCCCCCGGCGAGAACUAUGCCACUCUCAUGCUGAGGAUCAGCAUAGAUGUGGAGCUCACUGACAAGAGCACCAAGCUGGUUUCCUUCAUGAUGAAAGUUCCUCAUGAAUCCGAGCAAAUGGAGCAAAUGAUGGCCCUUGCUAACUUUUUCACCACCGAGAAUACGGCCUAUAUUGACAUUCUACCGAAACUGGAGGAGCUCUACAAGGCCAAGGGUCUGGACAUCAGGUUUGCUCCGCGAGCAUUCCGAGUGGACGCCACCAAGGAGCCCAAGCUGGCCAACACGGUGCUGAUGAACGACCUGGGUCAGGAUGGUUUCAAGAACCUAAAUCGCCUGGAGUGCCUGAAUUUGGAACAGGCCAAGUUUGCUCUUACGAAAUUGGCCCAGUUCCAUGCAGCCGGUGCCAGGUUGGUUCAGGUGAAUGGACCCUAUCCGGAUGUAUUUGUAAAUGGCAUGCUGGGAGACAACAAGGAGGCCGCAAUGGCCUUUAUGGAAGGAAUGUUGGCAUCUUUUCGCACCGCGUUUCUGGCCAAUCUGGACAAGUUCAAGAACGGAGAAGCCUAUCGCGAGAAGCUGGAAAAAAUCCUUGGCGGCCUAACCACGGAGUUCAUGAAAAUUGGUAUCAUAGAUGAAGAAGAGUUCAAUGUCCUGAACCAUGGCGAUUGCUGGGUGAAUAACAUGCUCUUCAAGGUGGGCGCCCAGGGGAAGUUGGAGGACAUGGUCUUUGUCGAUUUCCAGAACCCCAAAUACGGCACCAACACCAUGGACGUGCUGUACUUCAUCAUGACCUCGGUGCACAUAGACUACAAGCUGGACUACUUUGACUACCUGGUCAGGCAUUACCACGAACAGCUGACCAAGCACUUGAAUAUUCUGGGAUACACUGGACACAAGCCAUCUCUGAGGGAAAUGCACAUGAAGAUGAUCAAGUACGGGGGAUGGGUUCUAUUCCCAACCAUUGCCGUGUUGCCCGUGGUUCUCCUGGAUCCCAGCGAGUCAUCCACUUUUGACAACUUUCUGGCAGAAAGCGAAGCUGGCGUUAAUUUCAAGACCUCUUUGUAUGUCAACAAGCGGUAUCAUGGAUAUAUCGAACGAAUUCUGCCAUGGUUGGAGAACAGGGGUUUCCUGGAACCGAGUACUGAACCAAUUCUAACUCAACCGCCUGCAUCGGAGCCUGUACAGCCAGAGCAGCCUGAGAAUCCUGACCAGAUCCUGGACUGGCUUAAUAUAAGCGACUUCAAGGAGAUCAUCUCAGCCAGCGAACCCAAUUUUGAGAAGAUCGUAAGCGGUUCCUGGAAAUCAGCCACGAAACCUGGUGACAACUUUGCUUCCAAGCUCUUGAAGGUUGACAUCGAGGCUCAGUUAAAAGAUAAUACCGUCAAGGCCUUCUCCUACAUCCUAAAAGUGAACACAGGCGCCGGAAUGAUCAACUUCGCCGAUCUUAAUCUGUUUCCCAAGGAGAUCGAGAUGUACAGCAAAUAUGUGCCCGCGUUUGAGCAGCUCUACAGGGACGCUGGAUUGCCCGUCACAUUCAGUGCCAAGUCCUUCCGACUCAGCAAGGAUGUCAGCGAAGAGUAUCUGAUUUUGGAGAACCUGCAGACGGCCGGUUUCAAGAUGUGCGAUCGCAUGAAGGGAAUGGACUUGGAGCACACCAAGUCAACGUUGAAGAAACUGGCUCAGUGGCAUGCAGCCUCUCUGAAAUACAAGGAACUUAAAGGACCCUACCCACCGAAAUACAACAAUGGUAUUUUUUCAGAGCAAACCGCUGAUAUGUUUAAGGCUAUAUUCACCCAAACGAAGAAGACAUUCAUGGAGGAGGUGGCCAAGUUUGACGGCGUUGAUGAGUACCUGCAAAAAUUGCCUGCGAUUAUGGACAAUCAUGUGGACAAAAUUAUUGAAGAUGCCAAAAUCAAUGAGGACGAGUUCAAUGUGCUCAAUCACGGCGAUGCUUGGAUCAACAACAUCAUGUUCCAAUACGACUCGGAGGGUCGUGUCAAGGAAACCUUCCUACUGGAUCACCAAGUCACGAAGUACGGAAAUCCUGCCCAGGACCUGUACUACUUCAUAAUGAGUUCCACUCAGCUGGACAUUAAGGUCGAUCAGUUUGACUCUCUCAUCCGGUGGUAUCACCAAAACUUGGUGGAACAUGCUAAAUUGUUAAAGUACAAUGGCUUUGUACCCUCUCUAAAGGAACUGCAUAUCAUCUUAAUAGAGCACCCAACUUUUGCGGCUGUAACCAUGCUCUCCACCCUGACGGUUUGCCUUAACAAAGCUGAUGAUAAUUUCUCCGCCGAUGGCUUUUUGGGAGAGAAUAAGGAAGCAGAAUCCUUGAGAUCGGCACUUUUCAGCAACGAGCGUUACAGGGCCCACAUAGAGCGCGUUAUGCCAUGGUUAAAUAGACGAGGACUUCUUGACGCUUUCGCCACUGAGAAAGCCCAAUAAUUACUCUUAGACUAGACUAAAACAAUAAAGAGCUUUUUCAUCAGCUGUA